UCUUUGUCUCUUGUCUUAAACGCGAUGGUUCCACGUGGUGCUCUGCUUGUGUUCCUCUCUGUUAUCAGUUUACUCUCAGAGACUCUGUGUUCUUCAAUUUUAGAGGCAGAAGUUGGAGAUGAUGUCACUAUUUGGUGCAAACAUGAGCUGAAACAUACAGAUCAAAUAUUCUGGUUUAAACACACAAAUGAUUCGGUUCCACUUCUCCUCGGGUGUAAACAGAUUAGAACGUCAGCUCCUUCACAAAACUGUUACUUUUUUACUGAAAGUAAUCGCAUGGUGAUGUCUGUUCAGGGCGAGAACACGUCUCUCACCAUCACUGCAGUGAACGUCUCUGAUACAGGACUUUAUUACUGCAGCUCUAUUAGAUUAGAUCAAAUCAUCUUUGGGAACUCGACCUCUCUACGUGUGGAAGGUGGAAAUAAAACAUUUCCUAAGAUCCCACACAUAGAGAAAGGCUCCUAUGGUGUGUUCUUCAUGCUGUCUGUGAUGUCUGUGAUUGUUUUCCUGCUCUGUGGUCUGAUCUUCUUUAUUCAGAAUCAUAGAAAAAUUCACACAGGUGCUAAAGAAAAAGACACUGAGAACUGGAAGAAGAAAACCAGAAGGAUGCAGGAGGAACUGCAUUAUUCAUAUGUGGGAUUUUCUUCUGUCGCUCAGUAGAACCUCAGUGUCACACGUCCCUGUUACAGGAAUCAUAUUGUACAGUUACAGAAGACACACAAGCUUUUUUUUGCCUUUUUUAUGUAUUGGUUGUUUGUUUGCUCCAUGUUUCUUGAUUUAAUUUGCAUUAAAAAAAAAAAACAUUUAUAAUGUAAUAGUUAAAUAAUUAAAAAUAGUUCAAUCAGUCAGUAAACAUCAGAAUUUCAUAAAAACCUGUAAUUUUAAACCUCACACUGAUAAUUUUUUACAUUUUUUUACUUUUUUUUUUUAUAAAUGAAGUGUGUUGGCUAACUGUUAGCAGCUUUAUUAAAACAUGUGACAUAUGAUCAAUUUUGAUGAUUAGUUAUGAGUGGUGAUAAAAUGU